AGAGUAGUGAGAAACAUCAGUAUGGGCUUUUUAAAAACUAUUGAGCCAUGGCCGCGUUUAGAUGGACAGCCGUGUUGGUUAUAAUAUUAUUAUUCCCAGUGGUAUAUUGCAAGUUCGAGUUUACCAACUUAAACUGUACUUCCUUGGACACAGAAUUCAUGGAUAACGGCGACUGCUUCUUAAAGUCUGUGAACCGGACUUAUAAGUACAUGACAGUAAGGCUAAAGUUUCACAAAUUCCCAGUUAAUAAUGUAACGGUAAGAGUGCGAGUUCUUAAGAGACUGAGUGGAUAUAAGCCCUUUCUUUACGAUUUUACUGCCGACGCCUGUAAAUUCCUUAAGGGAAAUCAGAAUCAGUUCUUAUCCUUCUUCUAUGACAUGUUCGCUCCAUAUUCAAAUAUUAACCACAGUUGCCCUUACAAUCAUGACGUUUAUGUAGAAAAGUUACCAAUUAGCUAUCUGGAUCAUAGAUUGACUGUUGUCAUUCCAAUGCCCGAAGGAUUACCUCUGCAUGGAUAUUUGUACUGGAAAAAUAAUACAAAAACAUACUAG